AUGAAGGACUUCCUUGUUGAUAAUGGUCGAAGACUGAAUUCCAUGAACGAGACACUGCUGUUGACCAAUAAAGAAAUCCCGGAUCCGGGAUACUCCCUGCCCCUCAAUCUAUCGGAGCCAAGGCCAAGAUUAAGGCUCAACUUGCGCUGCAAGAAGAAAGAGGAGCUGCUAAAACAACUGGACGAUCUGAAGGUUGAGCUGUCCCAGCUUCGUGUAGCCAAGCUGACAGGCGGCGCCGCGUCCAAGCUCAAGAUACCAGUCGUUCGCAAAUCCAUCGCCCGUGUCCUCACUGUCAUUAACCAGACUCAAAAAGAAAACCUCAGGAAAUUCUACAAGAGCAAGAAGUACAAGCCUCUGGACCUGCAACCCAAGAGGACUAGAGCCAUGCGCCGCUGGCUCACCAAGCACCAAGAGAAGCUGAAGACCAAGAAGCACCAGCAGAAGGAGAGGCUGUACCCACUGCCCAAGUGUGCGGUCGAGGCCUGGUGGGAAAGCAAUAAAGUACAAGACUGGCUGAAAAAAAAAUAG